AUGUCAGCGACUUUGGGGAAACGCAAGCGACGAGCGGAGCCUGCGAAGAAAGCGGCUGCGACUGUCGACAGCGACUCGGAAGGCGACAAUGAGGCAAGAGCACUUUUCCAGAAGGCUUUCGAGGCGAAAUUCAAGCCGCUCGAGGUGCAGCCAGUGAGAGACGAAAAUUCUGAUGGAGAGGACUCAGACGAUCACGAUAAUGAGAAUGUCGACGAGUCUGACUGGGGUGGGAUUUCUGAGGAUGAGGAUGCUGUAGAGAUUGUGGAACAUGCCCAACCCGAUAUGGAUGCGAUAUUUGGCGGGCUCAAAAAUGGCAAGAAAUCGUACAUGGCAAAACGGCCAGUGAAGUCGACGACCAAGGCUGCAAAACCUGGCACCGAGGACGACGGCAGCGAAGUCGCGAACCUCAAGAAGGACGUCGCUUUGCAGCGACUUCUGAAAGAAUCACAUCUCCUCGAUCCAUCAUCAUUUCGUAGCUCUACCGGCCCAGAGGGCAAAGACCGUAUCAAAGCUCUUGACAUGCGAUUGCAAGAUCUCGGUGCCAAGACUUCGGCAAUUCAGCAGGAAAAGAUGCCCAUGUCGAUGCGCAAAGGCAUUUCUGGAAAGGCUGCCAGUCGCGAGGCAAGUCGAAGGAAGGAAGCUGCGGAGAACGGCAUAAUUCUGGAGAAGUUCAAACAACGGUCGAAGGCAUCGGAGAAAGCUCGAGUACGUGGCGUAACGGGACCUGGGAUUGGGAAGAUGCAAGGCAGCACGUUGAAGCUCAGCGCUCGAGAUGUUCGCAGUAUCCAAGGCCCGCCUGGCCGCAAAGGACGAAGAUGA